AUGCCACCACGAUCUAACAGACCAAUGAACUCUCAAACACAAUGGAAGGAUCAAGCAAGCAGUCUGUCGCCUCCUAAUCUGAAUGAACCUUCCUAUACCCUUCCCGGGGUGAUCAAUUACCUUACAUCUGAAUUCACCAAUUUGGAAAGGUUCAGAAUCAUGACCAAUUUAGAAAAAUCUGAGAUGAAAUACAAGAUUAUCCACUUGGAGGGGGAGAUAAAGACUUUGAAAUACGCAAACCAGAAACAACAAGCGAGGAUAGAGAGUUUGGAGAAGGAGAACCAGCUCUUGAAGAGCAAAAGCAAGGAGACACUUGUUAAAGAAGUGCAAACCAUCACGAGCACAUCAACAGAACCAGAUUUGGAAUCGAUUAAAAAAUCUAGGAUACAAUUAGCGGAUUCAUCAAAGGAGAUUAUGACCUUGUUGAAGUCUUCGUCGACAAGACUAGGCGAUAUAGAUUUGUCGGAGGAGAAUCAGCGGGAGAUUGAAGAUAUGAUUGACAAUAGCGCAGAUGACUUUGUAUUUGGGCGCGGUAUGAAUUCGCCAAAAUCGCACAUGAUAGCCAAGUUUUUUGAAGACGAUGUUAAUUUUCGGAAAGAUGAAGAAAGUGCAGACGAAGACAACCUUGAGCGUUCUAUCACAAACGAGAGCGAUGUGACAGUAAUCGAUAAGGAGGACGAAGAGGAAAAUGCACCGAAAAGCGAAGUUAAAAACGAGGAUGUAUCACAAACCCGGUCGUUUGUUAAUGAUGGUGUUACGACGGUGCUUCGUAUUGGUACAGACAAGGUAACUAUUUCAACUUCUGGAAGUGAAAACACUACCGCCAGAGAAGUCAGUUUAAGCCAUCCAGAGGAUAUCCGUAAUGUGAUUGCAUUACCCAAUGAGAGUUAUCUUGUUAUUGAAAACGAUAUCAAGUUGUUGGCAGAUGGAAGUGACUUGAAAAUAUUGAUACCCACGAAAAGCAGUUUUUCACAAAUAAGCGGCAGUGCACUUAUUGAUAUGUCCGUUUCUGGUGACAAGACCAAUACAUAUGGCUUGGCGAUCAGUGGGGUUUCGAAUGGAACAAAAUCAUUCUUGUCAAAGGUAUACCAAAUCAGUUUCAAUGGACAGGCUAAGCAUAAAGAGAUUGGCAGUUUUAAUAGAAAAUUUUUGACCAAAAACAAAGGAGGAUCUGAAAUCUCAUUCGUUGGUUGGAGGUUUGAAAAAACCAAAUCAGCCCCAUCUUCGCCUAGCAAAAACGGGAACAAAAAUGGCGCUGACCCGCGAUUGGCACAGUACUAUGUGGUGUUCCGAAUUGGAGAUGAAAAUUACAAGGUCAAUCUUUCUUUGAAACAGGUUGUAGCUAUAGAAGAUUAG